AUGCAUUUCAACUCUGCCAUCGCUGCUGCCAUCUUGGCCUUCUGCGCUUCUGGUGUGCUCGCUGCACCUCUCCCACAACUCGCCGGCGAAGGAGCUGCAGCCAACUCCAUCCUCUCAGGAACCGACAACGCCGUAGGCUACGGUGUCGAGAACGCUGAGAACAACAUUGCCGGAAAUGUUGCCACUGUGAAGGCCAGCCUACCAGCGGUCCCAAAGACCCGCCGCCAGCUUGCCGGUGAAGGCGCUGCCGCCAAUUCCAUCCUCUCCGGAACCGACAAUGCUGUCGGAUAUGGUGUUGAGAACGCUGAAAACAACAUUGCCGGAAACGUUGCCACUGUGAAGGCCAGCGUCCCAGCGGUCCCCAACACCCGCCGCCAGCUGGCUGGUGAAGGUGCUGCUGCCAACUCCAUCCUCUCGGGAACCGACAACGCAGUCGGCUAUGGUGUCGAAAACGCUGAAGACAACAUCGCCAAUAACAUCGCCUCCGUGACCGGCAACUCGCCCAGCUCAACCGGAUCUACGACUGGCACUGGCAAAGCUCCACCUCCACCACCACCACACCGCCGCCAGUUGGACAAGAUCGCCAACGGCGCUGCGGCUAUCAGCAAUGCAGCUGGUAGCGGUGCCGAGACUGCAGCAGUCACCAACGCCGGCGAUUCUCUUGAUGGCACGCUUACGAGCGGUGCUGCCAACGCAGGUGCUCAAAUCGCCAGCACUGAGGAGUCUACAAUCGAGGGCGCUGGCAGCUCCGCCCCCAAGUCUCGUCGUCAGCUCGACAAGAUCGCCAAUGGUGCUGCGGCCAUCUCCAACGCAGCUGGUACUGGUGCGGUAACAGCACCACUUACUGAUGCUGGUGACUCUCUUGAUGGUACUUUGACGAGCGGCGCUGCCAACGCUGGUGCGUCAAUCGCCAGCACUGAGGAGUCUACUAUCGAGGGCGCUGGCAGUGCUGUUCCAAAGUCUCGCCGUCAACUCGACAAGAUCGCCAACGGCGCGGCAGCUAUCUCCAACGCUGCAGGAACUGGUGCCAUCACCGCUCCGGCUACUGAUGCUGGCGAUUCCCUCGACGGAACGUUGACCAGUGGUGUUGCUAAUGCUGGUGCGUCCAUUGCCAGCACCGAGGAGUCAACCAUCGAAGGUGCAGGGAGCUCUGUUCCAAAGCUUUAG